CUAGUAUCUCCCAAGAUCCUUUUCAGCAAGGACAUGUAAAGUCUGAGUGAAACAACCCCUAAAGUUCCAUUGCUGAGCACAAAGUACUUCAAAUGUCUGCUGGAAGAACAUCUUCUGGGUUGCAGUCAGGGGUUUCCCAUGACAUCCGUAUUGAUCGAAUAAGAGGGCCCCAUUAUGAUGAAGUUGCUGUAGAUCCACCUGUCCCUUUGCAAGAGACUAGGGAAAGCAACUGCACUUUGAAUUCAGAGCCUCUGCCACCACCCCCUCUGCCUAUUCAGCCGCCAGUUGGGGCAGAGUUUUGCCCAAGUGAGAAUGAUGAGCCUGUUGAAGAUCUAGACCUGAAGCCCAUUCGUCGUUUUAUUCCAGACUCGUGGAAAAAUUUUUUCAGGGGCAGCAAGAACAAGAACCAAUGGGAAAUGCCAAACUUGAAUAAUCAUUCUAACAGUGAUGGCGUGCAGUGCUCACCUCCUGCUUCUCCAACACCAUCUGUUCGUAACCAGAAAUCAGUUGCUAGUUCCUACCGAGAUCCGUAUGGAGGUUCUGGUGGCAGCUACAACUCCCGCAAAGACAGAGAAGUCAUGAUACCUCAUGAGCCUUAUGAUUCUUUGGACAGGAGGACUUAUCGCACAGCAAUGACUUACAGUGAAAAAUUAGAAGCCUAUGAGAUGAAAUACUCUUUUAUGAAGUCCUGGCCUGGCCUCCUGAGAAUACUUUGCAUUUUUGAACUGCUUCUCGGUGCUGCUGUCUUUGCCUGUGUCUGUGCCUACAUUCAUAAGGAUAAUGAAUGGUACAACAUGUUUGGUUACUCACAACCAUACAGUUAUGCUGGUAGUAGUAUGAGUGGAGGCUACUACUACAGUGGACCUAAAACCCCUUUCAUUCUGGUUGUGGCAGGGCUGGCUUGGAUUGUUACUGUGAUCCUCCUUGUUCUUGGUAUGACCAUGUAUUAUCGUGCUAUUCUCUUGGGAUCAAACUGGUGGCCAUUAACAGAGUUUGGCCUGAAUGUGUCUCUCUUCAUUUUAUAUCUGUCUGCCGCCAUUGUUUAUGUGAAUGAUAUUAACCGGGGAGGACUUUGCUAUUACCCUUUGUUUAACAAUGGAAUAAACGGUGCUUUUUGCCGCAUUGAAGGAGGCCAGACAGCAGGAGCAAUUUUUCUCUUUGUCACAAUGUUCAUAUAUAUCAUCAGUGCAAUCGUCUGUCUUAAGCUUUGGAGGCAUGAGGCAGCAAAAAAAUUUAAGAAAUACAUGGAGCAAGAGAUGAAGUCAACUCAGAUAACUGGACAAAAUGCAAUGGUCUCAGAAGUUCCCGAUGGGCAAAUGAAACCUCAAAGAGUUGUUCACAAAGAGUACAAAGAUGUGGAGGUAAAACCAGAAAUUCUAAAUGGGCAUAUUCCUUCAGGAUACAUCCCCAAGCCUUUAGUGAUGCCAGAUUAUAUAGCAAAAUACCCCACCAUUCAUAGUACUGAAGAGCGAGAUCGUUAUAAAGCUGUGUUCAAUGAUCAGUACUCUGAGUAUAAAGAACUUAAUGCAGAGGUCCAAGCAAUGAGCAAGAAAAUCGCAGAACUGGAUGCUAUGGUGAAAAAGCUGCCUCAUUUUUCUGAAAACAAAAUGGAGCAUGAACGAAUUAAUAAAAUUCUUGAAGAAUUUCAAAGAAAAAAAAAUGAUCCUUCAUUCUUGGAGAAAAAAGAGCGGUGUGAAUAUCUGAAAAAUAAAUUAUCCCAUAUCAAACAAAAAAUUCAAGAAUAUGAUAAAGUUAUGGACUGGAAUGAUGGCUACUGAUAAUUAAAAUGAUCAACAGUAAGCAAAUUGCAGACUACCAGAACCUGUCAAACUGAAGAGUCUGUGUAAAUUUGUGCUUUAUGUACAGUUUUACUAGUAAACACAGAGUACAUGCUAUAUUAAGUUCUUGUUAAUAAAUUACAGUUUUUGCAUAAAACCUCAA